CACAUCCACCUCAGCCAUCGAGGCAAAUUUUCCCGACGUUGUACCAGCAACCACUGAUCGUUCCCCUUUUUCGUCAUGUACGCCCCGGUCGCGAUUCUCCUCGUAGCGGUUCUGUCGGUGGCAACCGCGGCGCCGUCAGGCUACUUAUUGGGCCACGGUGCCGGUGCCGCGUUAGCAGGACCGAUUCUAGGACCCGCGGCUCUUGCAGGUCCCAUUAACGGACCGUCCGCACUCGCCGGUCCGGUGGUUGGACCAGCGCGCAUAUCCGGAGCGGUCGACGGUGGUGCUGUUGUUACUGGUGCUGUGGCCGGACCGUCGGUCGUUUCCGGUAGCGUCGCUGGGCACACGGCGGUGGUCGGCCCGGCUCUUGGCUAUGCGGCACCAGCCUUGGGAUGGCCAGCUUAUGGUUCAUAUGGAGCAGUGCUUGCUGGGCCUGCUGUAGGUCCAGCGGCCCUCUCCGGGCCUAUCGCAGCAUCAGCUCUGAUCGCUGGACCAUCCGGUAGCAUUGCUGCUGGGCACGGUGGAUUAGGCGGUAUCAUUCGCGGAUAUGCGCCUGGACACUGGUAAUUCACGUCACCCGGCAACAUGAAUCAAGGACCUCCAUGACUGAUCUCUUAGAUACCCGCAAUCUCGAUCACGAUCUGCAUCACGUCAUUCGGCAUAUUUCUCAUCACCGUUUUUCUUAUACGUGUACAUAACAAAGUUCCGUACAUAUAAUAUUACAUAUAAUAAUAAUAAUAAUAAAAGCAUGGCACUUCUGGAACGAAA